CUGACGUCGGCGAAAUGAAAUCGGCUUGUUGCAGUUUUCCUCGCAGAAUGGAAGUAGUCGCGGAUGUGAUACGGACUAAACUCGCCUGACUUGCCCAGGAUAUUGAUCUCGUUGUCCUGUUUCUUUUUUUUCUCUCCUCCUGAGUGUAAUACACCCGUUAAAACGAAGCACACCUCUGCGGCUGCUCAUCUUUUAGUGCCCCCGUAUGGACGAUGAGGAGGAUGAUGUGUUUGAGCCAGACCCCCACUGCUGGCGCACCACAUUCCGGGAGAUAAAGUGUGAAGACCAGGGCACACAGACACCUGGUCCUGCCCUGGCACCGUACAACGGCAUGCUUCCCUGUGGAGUCGCGGAGGAGCCCAGACCACUCUUCUACGGCAACGCAGGUUUUCGAUUGCACUUCCCGGCACACUUUGAGCUUGUUGGCGAUCAGGAAGCAAGGCACCAAGAAAGCGAAGGGGAGCAAAACAGGAUGGAGCAGCUUCCACGGCAGCAACCUGUGGCCCGCAGUGUGGAGGCCUGCAUUGGCCAGAAACUCCAGCUGAUAGGAGACCAGUUUCACCGGGAACACCUACAACUGUAUCAUCGAAACCAAAGGAACCAGGGGCCGCUGUGGUGGCGCCUGGGCGCAGCUCUGCUCAGCCUUCUGUUUGACAGGGGGUUCAUUGCUGGAGGAGGUGGAGCGGGACGGAGGUGAGGAGCAUCUUCAACCUCGCGUCCCUUUUCUUCAUCUCUCUGAGGAACUGGACUCCUAAUGGCACUGUCAAAUCUAACACGGGUCUGUUUUUGGGAGGGAAAAGAAAGGAGACAUGAAGUCACCGCGGGACGGAGACAACCAACUUUUAUACAAGGUCGUGUGUUUUUUUCUUCUCAAGAAGAUGCCAUGAUGCUCCGAGAUUCCUCUACAGGACAAUGUUCAUAUUUUGGUAUACGUGUGGUGUAGUAGUUUUGUACAGUACAUUGUUCUUGUUAAAUUUUUUGCACUUCAACAUGUAUCCAUCUUUAAUGACCUCCACAGACCCUGGGAAUGCCUUAUUCAAUGUAUUCUGCCAGAACGAGUAUUGAGCAAUUAUGACAGGCAAGAUGAGAUGGUUAGGAAAUGAAAAGAAAUGCGGUGUGAGGUUUUCUUUUCUGAAGUUUCCCAGUUGACCAGAUGAGUCGAUUUACUAAUUUCCAAAGAGGCAACUUCUCAGAACAAAGCGUUUUGCACCUCACCUCAAUGGAACAUUUAUUUCUUCUUAUUUUCUUUAUUUUGCUUUCCAAUUUUGUUUUCUUACUUCUCCAUUUUCUUCGGUAUGGUAAAUAAGUUUGAACUUAAUCCCUCACUAUCAUUCAAAACAUUGGGAACAAAGUAAAGUCUCUGCACACCUUGACCUGUAAUCUAAAUAUCUAAAUAUGUUUUAAGGUCAGCCUGUCUUCAGUUACACGCUACAUGUCAAUUAGAACAUUUUUAUGACUCAGGAGGUAUCAGGGUGGAGCAGUACUGAACAUCAGUGACUGGUCAAACAAGUCUGGCGACUGUUCUCAAACCUGAGUACAACAGCAUUUAAUGAGAUUGCAAGAAAGCAAUGGUUGAUACAAUAACAAUAUUAGAAAUUGGGAAAACAAAACUAAAUAAAACUUGUUAGCUGGAAUUAAUAGGUAUUAUGUUAACUGACAAAACCAUAGUAUUAAACAACCUAACAGUGAGAUAGAUGUUAUCAGCAGUGGAAUAAGUAAAUAGAUAUCUUGAAUCAAUAUUUUAUAUACCUAAGCAUUAGAAAAUAUACAUUCACUGACAUAUUAUACAUAUAUAAAUAUAUAUAUAUAUUUUAUAUAAGACUUAUUAUAUAUCUCACUUUGUGUGUAACAACUUAGACUGUAUUAAGAUUGUUGUUUAUCCUGUAGUGAUUGGAUGUUCUGGGAGUGUUGGAGUGAUCUAAUGCCUAUAAAUUACUUAACACAGCUACUGGUUGGCUGGUUGUUGUCUGAGAUGUGGCACACUGAAGAAGGGCUGAAGAACAUGGAAAGAUAUUUAGAUGAAAGUAAUGUUACGCAGAGUUUUGUAUGCAUUUGGGAGGUCUAGCACCAGUACACUAAAUUAGUAAAGCACACUGUUUGUUAUACAGAGCAAAGCAUCCUUUACCUAACAAAACUAUUUGGUCUACCGUAAUGAUUUUAGUUUGAAGUUUUAUUGAGAACAUCAGAUUCUCUUUCUUACGUUUAAAUUUGUUCCCAAAUUCAUCCUCGAAUUGGAGUUAUCCCUGUGUUUUAGAUGUGUUCGUUUCUUGUGAUUGUUUUCAGACCUCCAUGCCCUUGAAGUGGAACUGUGGAUCCACUGUUUUUGCACUAAACGUACACCCUUCAAGAGUUCAGAUUGUUACCAUGCUAACCUCUGUCUUGUAUGAAGGUUUUCAGUUAUGACUUGUUUUCUUGCCACAACAUUUCUCUCUAAUGUCGAAGACAAAUAAUCAAUGUUAAGACCUGACUGAUUGGAUUUGGGUUCUGGAAAUUUCAAGUACCAGUGUUUCAGGCUAAAAGUAGAGUUACAAUAGAGCCACGUGCCUCCAAUGAAAGGUUUCUGUCCUGGUUUGUCUCUCACAGCCUGUGUGUGUGUGUGUGUGUUCUGAACACCAAACAAUACUGCAUAAUCAAUCUGUGAAACAGAUCUUCUCAGGCUACUUUUUUGGGGUUUUCCACCAUUUAAUAUUCUGUUGGGUGGUCUUGUUCUCUUCUUUGGUGCUCGGAUCCAGAUUUGGGACAUUUUUAGUACAUAUAACUACCACUGGCUCAGCAGACAAAAAAACAAAAAAAAACAAAAGUGAAAAUGACUGUAAUUAUUGUUGAAAUAUGAAUAUGUUUAAAGACACUGUUGACGAUGCUGUUUGUUAUAUUCUCCAUUGCUGAACCCAGGCCAACUUUUGGACCCAAGGAGCAGUACAUAUCAGGGGUCUGUAAUUACUUGCUCCUUACAAUGUGUCAAGUUUAUCACUGCAUAAUUAGGGUUUCCUCUCAUUUUCUUAAAGAUGUCUCAGGGACGGACUGUGUGGGCUACUGGUAACCUUGAGAAUCUGUUACAUGGUUAGAAUAAGAGCAGUGUUUUCACCCAUUUAUUUAUGUUAAAAACCUCCCGAGGUAUUGUCAAGUCUCUUAACUUUCAUUUCAGUUUAAAGAAAAAAAAAAUCCUCUUGGCCAAUUUCUCAGCACACACAUAAAGGUACAGUUUGACUGAGGAGUCUGAGGCUGACUUGCUGACUGUGGUGGUGACGGGGGGCUACUGAGCAUGUAGUAGUAGGCGUGUGAGGUGCACUGAAUGUGGUUGUGGUUAUAGUUUCCUGCGGAUCCUGAACGCUGAGCCAGUCCCUGUAGCGCCCCGUCUCACCAUUGACUCUUGGCGUCCUCUUUGUGCUGCUCCUUUAUUACAUGGGUAUUGUUCAUCGGUUCACUUUUCUUUGUAAUUUAUUUUUUGCCGUCUUAUUUAUUUUUGUACAUUUGCCCAUUUCUACUGUAUACACUUGUGUGUGCAA